AUGGCUCCCUAUAUCGACGUUUCCCAUCUGCCCUCGUCAACCUCCUUCUACUCCGCCAUCCUCCAACCACUCGGCAUCCACUAUAUAUCCGCGGACGCGCAGACCGCUUCCCCUGACGCCGACGCCAACACCGUCGACACCGACUCCAAAACGACAACCACUUCUAACCCUGGCAGACUGCCUACCACCGUCACCUACGGUACAUCGUCCCCGCCUACCCCGGUCCUUCAGAUCCGAGAGACCCGCAAUUCCAGAGAGCCCCUGAAGCUUUCUCGCGUUGUCUUCUCUGCUCCAUCCCCCACCGCUGUCACCGACUUCCACUCCUUUGCUGUUCGGGCCAAUCCGAACCUGCUGUCUGUUGUGCCCCUUGGCCAGCUCUCGCUUGCUCGACCCGCCGUGGUUACCCAGAGUGGCGAUAUCCACAGGGCCACUGUGACUGACCUGGACGGUAACAUCAUGGAAGUUGUAUAUCAACCCCCUCCCAACUACCCUCCUUCCUACGCUGGUUCGACUGUUCGAAAAACACAGUCCACUACCAAGGAGGUCAGUCGCAUUCUUGACUGGAACUACGACGUUGCUGCCUCUGAGCCUUCGCCCUCCAUGUCGAGUUCCGCUGCUAGUGGUCCCUCGGCUUCUGCCUUGGCCAUGACCGCACGCUCCGGUCAAUUCCCCGGCAACGAGCCGUACACAAUCCUCCGUCGCAGCGUCACAACGUCGGUCAUCGAAUCGCCCUCCCGAAGAGAGGAAUCCGCCACAGCUCCGACCUCAGCUACGAACGGGACCGCUACCAGCACCAUUGUCGGAAGUCUCCUAGGUGCAGCUGUCGGUGCCGCCGCCGGCGCCGCCAUCACAUACGGGAUGAUGCGAAAGGAGCGUGCACGGGCUCCGGUCCAGGAGUUUGAAGGCUCCGCUCCGCAGUUCCAGCGCCGAGCCACCUUCCCCGAUCAGUACGCGGAGCCGCAGGUAGGAUCCGGACGCUAUGUUGAGGUCGAGCGAACUGUCGAAAAGAUUCGGUACCCGGAAGCCUACCCAACGCUCCCCGAUAAUCGUGCACCGCCUCAAUACAUGGCCAAGUACAGCCAGGUCGGCUCCCGCAGCCGUGCGGUCGACGAUAUAUACGAUGACACCCGCAGCCGUCACUCCUCACGCUACCAGCUUGAGAGGGGCAGCAGCAUUCGUUCGCGUAGCCAGGCCGCCUGUGGCCAACAGGUCAGCCGUGCCGCGCUCCACCAUCGACGAUACUGGGACCUAUAUCUCAGCCAGGAGCGAAAGGUCGCAAUCGACCAUUCGUCCGCCCCCUCCAACCGUCGAGACGAUACUAGGCGGCGGGAGCAGGGCACCGAGUCGUGCGCCAACCCAAGCACCGAGUAUGGCCCCAAGCCGGGCACCAACGAAGGCGCCAAGUAG